AUGAAUGAAAAUAUAAAAAUUAAAGCUAGGCAUCCAUACCUAAAGGCCAAUCCUAUAUCCAGGCUAUUUUACUGUUGGUUGAAUGAUUUCAUAAAGAAAGGCAGGAAGCAAAAGUUAGCUGAAAGUGAUUUGUACACCGUUCUAAAAGAGGAUUCGUCUCAACUUUUAUGUGACAAUCUUGAGAGGCAAUGGAAUAAACAGCUGAAAAGUCCAAAGCCUUCUUUGUUAAAAGCAAUAUUCUGGACAUAUGGCCCCUACAUGUUUGCAUGGUGUCUUGUCUUCCUCAUAGAGGUAGAAAUCAUAAAGAUAGUACAACCAAUUCUUAUUGGCCGGCUGAUUCGAUGUUUCACCAUGAACGCAUACAACAACAACAACGACAACUUCAACAAUGUUGACAACUUUACCACCUUCGGCAACGCAACAUUCAACAAACCCCACUCAACAUCUGCAACAUCUACCAUUUCGAAUUUCGAGACGUACAUGUAUGCACUGGGCGUUUCCUUGUGCACUAUGGCUCCCACAAUUAUCCACCAUCCAGUCUUUCUGGCCAUGUUCAGUACCGGCAUGCGACUGAGGCUCGCUUGCUGUGGUAUGGUUUAUAAAAAAUCAUUGAAACUAAGUACAAGUUCUUUGGGAAAGACGACGACUGGUCAGAUGGUCAACUUGAUGUCCAAUGACGUCCAGAGAUUUGACAUGACGGCUGGUAUAAUAUGCUACAUAGUGUUCGGCCCGCUGGAGGUGAUUGCAGUGGGCAUCAUUCUCUGGUUCUACAUCGAUUGGGGUGGUGUGGCCGGGAUGGUCACUCUGGUCCUGGUCAUUCCCGUCACGGGCUGUUUUGCUAAACUCUUUGCUAGGCUGAGAUUGCAGAUAUCAAAGCUUACUGACCAAAGGUUGUCUCAAAUGAAUGAACUGCUGCACGGCAUACGACUGAUCAAGAUGUCCUGCUGGGAAGACUUCUUUGAGAGAACCAUCAUGAACACUAGAUGUUUAGAGUUCAAGCAGCUGGUGCGAGCCGGCUACGCUAGAGCCACUACGAUAUCCUCCUUAUUCUACUCAGGUAAACUCGUACUAUUCGCCACCAUCCUAACUUACAUCCUGUUAGGCAAUGACGUCACAGCGGAAAUGGUUUUCGUCACGAUGAGUUUGUACCACCCGGUCAGAUUCACGAUGACCAUGGGUUUUCCCAUAGCGAUGCACUUCGGAGCAGAGUCCAUGAUUGCCGUCAAGAGAUUGCAGGAAUUCUUAUUGCUUCCUGAAAAAUCUACAUCAACUGAGGAGAAUAAUCUGUCGUCAGAUGGCAGUCCUAUUAAAAAGAAAAAAUCUUCGCUGAAUGGUCCUAAACUAGAAAACAGAAAUGGGGACGCCGAUGGUGAUGCUAAACGUUGUGGCGGCAGUAGUAGCGGCAUUGGCGACGUCGACUCGAAAAAUAACCAUGACUUUUUCGUUAGCGUCAAAAAUGCUUCACUGACUUCGGAUAGAUCGAAGGUCCCAAUUUUGAGGAAUUUGUCGUUCUGUGUCCGGGGCGAUGAUCUCCUGAUGGUUGUUGGGAGUGUGGGAUCUGGAAAGACAUCCCUCCUGAUGAUGAUCCUCAAAGAGCUCCCAAUCCUGACCGGACACCUGGAAAUCCGCGGCAAACUGGCCUACGCCUCUCAACAAACCUGGAUUUUCAGCUCGUCCAUCAGACGCAACAUUCUGCUGGGCUACCCAUUCGAAGAAAGUUAUUACGAAACUGUCCUCAAGUGUUGUGGUUUGAAAGAGGACUUAGCCGACAUGCCUCAAGGUGACCUCACCCACAUAGGCGAUCGUGGUGCGACCUUGAGUGGAGGUCAGAGGGCAAGGGUGAACCUGGCAAGAGCCGUGUACAGCGGGGCCGAUAUAUUUUUAUUUGACGACCCUUUGAGUGCCGUUGAUGCCAAUGUCAGUCAGCACAUAUUCAACGAAUGCAUUAACGGUCUUCUGUCUAACAAGCUUCGUAUUUUAGUAACUCAUCAGAUCCAAUACCUUACCAUGGCAACGAAAAUUCUACUCGUUGAUAAGGACCAAAAUCACAUGUGUGGCAGUUACGACGAGUUGGUCAGUCUCGGAGUAGACUUUCACAAAGUUCUGACCACAGAAAUUGACCAAUCAGACGAGAAAGAUUCCAUUUCCGCUCCCGCUGUUGAAAUUCCAACGCUGUCGAAAUUUAAAAAUCCCUUGAUGUCGUCACUGAACAGCCUCCUGUACAUAGAUGCUGUUGACGGUGACGUCAGAUUCAACGUAGAAUCGCAGUCACUCGGUUCGAUUCCGUCACUUGCCGGAAGUGUUGGUGGAGACCCUGCGAUGGGGAGUAAGAGGGGGUCCAGGAAGGAUUCUAAAUUGUUGGCGCAAGAAAUGUUGCCUAUGAUAAAAUUCGAGAAAUUCCAUGCCAAAAGCCAGCAAACUGAACAAAACGUAGAACAAAACGAGGAAAUGUACUCAGGGAAAACAAUACCCGCCAGUCUGUACCUGGAAUAUACAAGAGCCGGUACAGGAAACUGCGGCAUAUUCAUCUUAUGCCUUUUGAAUGUUUUGGCCCAAUUCUUCUUCCUCAUCACUGAUUGGUGGCUGGUCCAUUGGUGCAACAAAGUGGAGCACUUUUACUCCACACUCCACCAAAUCUACGCCACGACAGUUACCACACCCGCCACCAACGACAACGACCACAAAAACAACAACAUCUACGACACAGUCUACAGCAACACUACAACCACAACGACGACAUUCAAUACGGAGCCACUGAAGUUCCCGGAACACCAUUUCCACUUGUUAAUAUUUGGAAUUUUGACGUUGCUUGUGGCCGUUGUGGGUCUCAUAAGGGCUUGGUUCUCGUUCCACAUGUUCCUUUACUCCAGUCACAAUGUACAUAGAGAUAUGUUACAUUCCAUUAUUCGGUCGCCCGUUACAUUUUUUGACACCAAUCCAACCGGAAGAAUUUUAAACAGAUUUUCGAAAGACCUCGGCCAAGUAGAUGAAUCCUUCCCGCUCGUCUUUUAUGACAUCGUCCAGAACCUCUGCCUCUUGCUGGGUAUCUUCAUCGUCAUCACUGUCUUCAACCCUUGGGUCUUCAUAGCCAUCAUCAUCAUGUUCUUCAUCUUCGGCCUACUCAGACGUUACUUCAUAACCGCCUUCAGAAAUGUCAAGAGAUUGGAGUCAAUAUUGAAAGGGCCCGUCUUCUCGCACAUCAACGCCACGUUCCUGGGCAUCCACACCAUCAGGUCCCACAAAGUCGAGGCCCUCUUCAAUCGGGAAUUUCACGACCUUCAAGAUGAUCACUCAGCCGCUUUUUCCCUGUACCUAUACCUGGGCAGGUGGCUGGCCGUCAGGUUGGAGUGGCUCUGCACUGGCCUCAUCUGUGUCGUUACCUUCGCCGCCGUCUUCGCUGCUCAAACCAUGAACGGCGCCACAGUUGGGUUGAGUUUGAGUUACGUGAUCACGUUGCUCUGGCUGUUUCAGUGGGUGGUCAGACAGAGCACGGAGCUAGAGAGCUUGAUGACAUGCGUCGAGAGAAUGAUCCAAUAUUCCAAGUUACCCAUCGAAAGGACGUCAGGCAGCGCCCCUGGACCCACCACGCUACCACCGACCAGCCCCAAGUUAAAAGCCAAAUCUUCUCCCUCACCUAAAUCCAAACCGGAAUUGGAACAUCUGAGAGUGACCCCAGAGGACAACCCCGUUCAUUUCUCAGUGGCCUCAACGUGGAGAGGUCAAGUUCAGGGACGUCAGUCUCAAGUGGGCAUAGUUGGUCGUACAGGGGCAGGCAAGAGUUCCUUGAUGAACAUAAUGUUUCGUUUGUACCGUUACGAGGGUCGCGUGCUCGUCGAUAACCUUGACAUUCAGGAUUUGGACUUGUUCCAAGUUCGCCAAAAAAUAUCAAUCAUUCCACAGGAAUCAAUCCUCCUACAAGGAACGUUGAGGAAAAAUUUGAAUCCAUUGAAUCAGCAUAAGGAGCACGAAAUGUGGAGUGUUCUAGAAAGGGUCAAACUGAUCGACAUGGUAAGAAGUUCCGGGAAAGGUUUGGAAUUUUGGAUCAAUGAAUCUGGGAAUAAUUUGAGUGCCGGUCAGCAACAGCUUCUGUGUCUGGCAAGAGCCUUGUUGGAAGAGAACAAAAUCCUCAUCAUUGACGAGGCCACUGCCAAUGUUGACAGAGAGACGGACACUUUCAUCCAGAAGGUCUUAAGACAGGAGUUCGUGGAUUGCACUGUCCUCUGCAUAGCCCACAGACUCAACACUAUCAUCGAUUACGACCGUAUAAUGCUACUAGACGAAGGAGAAAUAAAGGAAUUCGACAGUCCAGGCACCUUGUUAAAGGAUAAGAACAGCCUCUUCACAAAGUUGGCCCUGCAAACCGGAAAAGAGGAAUACCAAAGGCUGUUGCAGUCCGUGCAAAUUAGUGAAAAUAACAAAAAAUCUAAAUAG